UUGUGUUGCGUCAUCAUUGUGCGUACUAACCAGCAACAGUUUAAAUUUGUCGAAGUUAAUCGCACACAGUUACUGUGAAAGCUCUGCCAUGUGCGAGGGUCCUUCUUUGAUAUCGGGACCCAUCCCUCCGGACCCCACACUUUUCCCUGAGUACUACAAGCGACCGUCCUCAGCCCGUGGUCGCCUGGAAGGGAACUCGGUGCCCGGAGUCUCGCCACUGCUGUCUGGCCCACUGUUCCCAGACCCUGCACUGUACCCAGGCUCCUACAGCGCCCGAACCACACGGCCACCCCGCAUCAAUCCCAACGCCACACACAUCCUGGAACGGGGACAGAGAGGUGUUGUAGGGUCCCUCCUCAAACUAGAGGGCAUCUCCCUGACUCCCCAGCCUAAACACAAGUCUGCAGUGCGUGACUUCGGUAAGGAGAAUGUGCGACGGCUCAGAGAGAUCCAGAGGAAGUGUCGCGAGCAGGAGGCGCAGAAGGAAUGCUCACGUCCCCUCCCUGUCAAGGCUCUCUGGACCGCCCCCAAAUACCGGGACGUCCAACCCAGAGUCAUGACCCAGCUCCAGGAAAACAGUGUCCCCAUGAAGCCUGAGUGUCAGAACUUCCUGAGAGCUCAUUCUGCCAGUGGGUCAGCAGGUCGGCUACAGAAUCGACCUUCCUCUUCAUCCUCGGCUAUGCCAUCCUUUCCCUCAGCCCCCUCCCUCUCCAGCUCAGAGCUGCAGCUGCAGGUUAGGGGCCGCAUGGUGGACUUUGUGUGCCAUAAUGCGCGCACAGCGGGGAAGACGGCCCUCAGGCGCUCUCAGUCUCUCACGAACCUCGCGACCCCACCCAGCGCGGAGAAGGGCAGAGUGCCACAGUAUUUGGUAGAGAGGAAGGAGCAGUGGAAGAAGGAGGAGUAUGAGAGGAAGAAAAACACUCCUGAUCCCUCAAUCCCAGCUGGACACACACAGAUGCCAGAGAAGGACCGGCAGGAGACGCUCCUGUCACUUAAAGAGACUCACAGGGCACUGGUGAGUGAGCUGCUGUCUCUCCCAGUAAGGGCCGACGGCCUUGGCGUUCGCUCCAGACGCACGGAGCUGGACCGGCGCCUCUCUGAGCUUGAGGAAGCCAUCAAGAUCUUCUCCCGCGACAAGGUCUUCGUCAAAAUCGACUCGUAACCGCCGCUGGUCUCUGUGCUGUACAGAGCGCCAGAGUUCCACACAGACAGGUCCGGAUGAAGCAGCGAUUCCGCUGGGCAGAGGAAGAACUUGACGCUGAGAGGGUCUGACAGGGCUGGAUUUGCAGCACAGAGACUGAGCCUCGCACUGGGCUAGAGUUUGGCUUGGAGCAGAAAUAAUUCUCCCUCAGGGUAGUUUAGCGCAUGAUCAGAUUCUCUUUCAGUCCAGCCAACCAGCCCUGUCACUGUUUUUGUAGCAUAUCACUAAUCUUUAAUUCCAACUGAAAACAUCAUUGGAGCAUGGGAUCAACCAAAAACUUUUGAAUAAUAAUCAGAGACCAAAAGCCAAGAAGGAGUUCCGCCCAACUGCAGUUUCAUUGUAGUGCAUUCUGGUACAUAUGUGUCUGUGGCACUGUAGUCUGAGCCAGCACAGAAGACACUGAUAGAGGUCUGAUGAGGACUAAAUAAUCUUCGGUUAUUGAAUCGGUUCAAUCUGCUCCACUGUUAGAAUUUCUCCAGUAUGAAAAACACGUUUGGAUAAAUGCUUUAUUAUUGAUCACUUUUGUAUGUGUUACGGUUGUUCAGAUCAAGUCAUCUAUGACUUGUCGGGUGUUGAAGGACAAUCUUUAAUCUGAUGUAAUGAAUAACUGCUGAAGUAAUGACCACUGAGAUGUAAUAACUUUGUAAUUAUCCAUAUGUAGUGACCUUGUGAAUGUAGUGUUGGUAUCCACAAAACAAGCAGAUCCUAGUUUAUCAUAUUCUGUAAAACUGACUAUGCUAUCCUGUUUCAUUGCUGAACUGCUGUUCAUCAGCUAAUUAGAGGGACUGAUUAACUGCAUACAGUCACAUGCAGGCAGAUGUUAAUCAUACAUUUGUGAAGAGAUUAUUCUAGAACUCAUCACUGCAAUACCAUAGGAGCAUGGUUUCCUGCUACAAGAGCGUCCACUGUAGAUCUCAGCAAAGUAUAUAUAUCCCUGACACAAUGCUUCAAUACGUAUUUAUGGUUUGGUUUUUGUAUUAAAAGGCAGGAAACCACGAAUUAUUUGUUGCAGUGCGCUGAAUUUGAAAACGCUUAAUAAAUAUUGUAUGUUUGUAAGUAA